CGCCCGAUCGCCGCGAGUACACUUUGCACUGUUCCGCCUACGUGCGUGUUAGACCAGGAAGCCACGCUUGCGAACAGCAGCCGGAGUCGGUCGAUCUUCCAUCGAUCGAGAGACUGGAAGCGGAAGCGCGUGUGCGAAGUCAGAUAUCUGAUAACGGCUCGACAUGGUCGUACCUACAGAUCACGCGCUCCACGAGGGGCUUCAAGUAUCGCCGCUUAUACUUUCCGACGAUGUUAGGCGACAAAAAAUCGAGAAUCAUUUGGCAAAGAUGCGAUUCUCUGCAGCCACCGCCAGGAAGAUUCAGGAUGUUUUUAUUUCGGAAAUGAACAAAGGAAUCCACCAGCAACCGUCCUCGCUACAAAUGGAAAACACUUACAUACCAGAAUUGCUGGAUGGAACAGAAGGAGGUCUGUUUUUGGCACUCGAUCUUGGUGGUACUAAUUUCCGUGUGCUCCUUCUGGAAUUGGCUAAUGGUGCUCCCAUCCGACAAGAAGUGAAGCGAUACUACAUCGGACCGGAGUUACGAGUUGGUUCGGCAGUCCCACUGUUUGAUUAUUUGGCCAAGUGUGUUAGUGAUUUUGUCAUCGCUCAGGGUCUUCAGGAUGUAGAGCUUCCUCUUGGUUUUACGUUUUCGUUUCCAACAAUUCAACACUCGCUGGACGUCGGUGUUUUGGUGACAUGGACGAAGACAUUUAAUUGUAGUGACGCCGUAAAUAAAGAUGUGGUGCUACUGUUACAUGAGGCCUUAGAUCGACGAGGCGACACGAAGGUAAAAGUCGUGGCGAUCUUAAACGAUACCACGGGCACUCUUGUUCAGGGCUCAACUCUGGACUCCGAUACAGCAGUUGGACUUAUCUUGGGAACUGGCAGCAACGCUUGUUAUCUAGAAAAUGCGGAUCGAGUAGAACAUUGGGAACCAGAAAGACACGGGGAGAGACAAGUUAUCAUCGAUAUCGAGUGGGGCGCUUUUGGUGACAACGGUGUUUUGGACUUUAUUAAAACGGAUUUUGAUCGUGAGAACGAUGCUAAUUCGCUUAUCGUGAAUUCGUUUACAUUUGAAAAGUACAUUGGUGGCAAAUAUCUCGGUGAGGUGGUGCGUGUGAUACUUGCGAGGUUGACCAAAGAGGGGCUUUUGUUUGUAGGAGAAAAUACAUCGCAGAAUCUUCUAACACCAGGCACUCUUACCACCGAUCUGGUUUCGCACAUCGAGCAAGAUUCGGUUGAUGGCGGCGAUACCAACACGAAGGAGAUCCUUGCGAAAUUUGGUAUCAUUCCGGACCAGGAUGACAUCAAAGUUGUGCAAUAUGUGUGCGAGGUCGUCUCUAACCGUGCAGCUCUCCUUGUAUCGAUAUGUCUGGCGAGUUUAUUGGAUCGUAUUGAUCGAGAACAAGUAACGAUUGCUGUAGAUGGAUCUCUUUACAAGCAUCAUCCUCGAUUAGAGAACUGGAUGAAACAGUACAUCUCGCUUCUCACUCCAGGUCGAAAAUUUAAAUUGAUACACGCGGAAGAUGGAAGUGGCAAAGGCGCCGCGCUCGUCGCUGCUAUUGCACAAAGAAUCAAAAAGCGAUUAGAAUAAUCGCGAGUACAACAUCGUGGAUCACUAGAGUGUCUUCUUGCAGUCGCAAUCGUCGUUAGCGUGGCACAACAUUAUUCGAAUUGUCGAUAAUCAUAGAUAUAUUCCGCCAUCAGGCCUUAAAUGAAUACCAUCCGUUGCUUUCCACUAGUAUCUGUGAAUUACACAUAACAUUUACAUUGAAUUCUAAUGGAUUGCACAAGUUUCGAUGGGAACAAGUUCAGGCGUUACGAAAUUAUAGCGGGAUGCGUUCGCAUACCUCGCGAUGAAACGAGGUGUCAAAAAGAUAGGGGUAUCGAUCGACCAGACGAUGCGGGAAACGUCUGUGCGCGUGUGCCAUUUUAGGAAAAUGAAUACAUGCUCGCGUCAAGAAAUGUUCACGAAAUGAAUAACUGAAAGAGUAAAAUGAUAUUAUUUAUUAAAUAAAAUCGCAAUGAUAGAACGCAUGUUUGCGAAGUUAAAAGUUGUUACAUAUUGUAAUUGUUUGGGAACGUUUUUUUUUUUGUACAAGAAAAGUCAACUUGUUAUAAUAAAAAAUAUUGAUUUAU